CGUCCGGUCACCAGCCCGAGCCUAGCACCGCCAUGAGGUCCUUCGCCGUCCUCGCCCUCCUGGUGGCCGCGGCCCACGCCCUGCCCGCCACCAGCCUGCAGGAGUCUGCCCCCGCCAAGGGCAGCUCGUUCUGGAAGGGCACCCCCAUGGACUCGGUGGUGGCCGAGCUGCAGGCGGGGUGCGCCAGCGACGACGCCGUCGCGUGCGUCAAGUACCGCGUGCUCAGCGUGCUCGACCACGUCCUGCGCAAGGACUCGUACCAGGUGACGGACUCCGUGUCCGUGGUGAGGAACUCCUACGAGGAGAGCAGCGACUCCUCCAAGGGCCGCGCCGAGGACGGCGGCGACCUGGUGGACGCGGCCAACCACUACCUGCAGCGCCACGACGUCAAGGUGCAGCUGCCCUGGGGCGCCCGCGUGUCCGUGUCGCCCCGCGCCCUGGACCAGGACAAGCUGGACAUCAGCCUGGACUUCGGCGGCGAGGGCGAGGAGGGCGAGGAGGGCAACAGCCACGAGGCGGAGGCCCGCCACCGUAAGUACCGCAAGGGCAAGGGCAAGCUGCGCCGCAUGAUGGUGCCCAUCCUGGUCUUCAUCCUGCUCAAGGCCAUGACCCUGGUGCCGCUGGCCAUCGGCGUGCUCGGCCUCAAGGCGUGGAACGCGCUGCAGCUCAGCUUCUUCUCCUUCGUCAUCGCCGUGGGCCUGGCCAUCUUCCAGCUCUGCAAGAAGAUCGCCGCCGACCAGGCGCCCGUCUCGCAGCUGUCGGCGCACGUCACGCCCUGGGACGCGCACUACGCCGCCGCCCGCGCCUUCGAGGUGCCCGCCGCC